GGCACAAGCAGUAGGAUACCUCCACUACCUCUGAUAGACUGUAGUACAGCUGAUCACUGAUCAACUGUAGAACAACUUACAUGAAACUGAUCUUUAUCACUUUUAAAGGGGCUCUAUUUUGCAUAAACAUUUCUGAGGGAGUCACAAAAGGAGCUAUGUUUUAAGAAAAGUCCAAGAUUGAGUCGGAUAACGCUUUGAAGCUGCCUUCCAUACCAACUAAGACACAAUUUUUUCUGGAUGUGGAAGAGGCGACAGAGCUCUGGGUGUUUUGUUGGUGCUCUCCAGUGCAUGAGCACCCUGGAUGGGACAGCCAGUCGGCCCUGGACCCCGAGCACCAGUGGUUGCCGGGUGGUACAGGGGGUGGGCAGAGCGCCAUGGUAACACACAGUAGGUUUGACAACGCCAUGAGCAGCAGCCCCUUUGAAGGCGGCGUGCGCCUGCCCCCCCACCGGUACAAAACCUUCAGUUCUAGGUCACAGUAUCAGAUGGUGCUCGCAGCUGUGCGCAAACUGCAAGAGAGUGGCUUCUACUGGAACACCGUGAAUGGGAAGGAGGCGAGCACACUUCUGAAUGCAGAGCCACCGGGCACCUUCUUGGUGCGGGACAGCUCAGACCACCACCACUUUUUCACCCUCAGCGUGAAAACAACCACAGGCACCAAAAACCUCCGCAUCCAGUGUGACGCCAGCUCCUUCUUCCUGCAGACGGACCCACAGAGUGAGCAGGCGGUACCGCGUUUCGAUUGUGUUCUCAAACUCAUCCAUCAUUACAUGCCCUCCGCCAAUGGAACUGGGACCUCGUCCAAGGUCCAGGCUGCUGGGAACAGUGUUGGACAUUGUGGAAGUGCAGGAGAUGGGAGUGCAUACUUCAUUUACUCCGGAGGGGAGAAGAUCCCUCUGGAGCUACUGCGUCCACUGGCAUCCAGUAUGUCUAGUUUGCAGCACCUUUGUCGCAAGACUUUAAAUGGCCAUAUAGAUGUGUCCACCAAACGGGAUCAGCUGCCUCAUCCACUCCAAGAGUUCCUCGAGGAGUAUGAUGCCCCUAUCUAGCUAUUCUUUAGCCCCCCAGAUGUGUUUUCAAUGAGAAGAGCUACAUGUGCGUGCCAAUAAAUGCUCACAAUGGCGCAGAAUUGCAUAAGUGGAGAUUGAUUGCGCCUGACCUCGGUGUCAUAUUGCAGGCCAGAUGUGCCUUCGACCUCUGGAUUGUGAACUUUUUGGCAGGGUGCAGCCAUUUGAAGGACAGCAUGAGAUAUGUACUUCUACUCAAGUGGUUGGCGACAAGGAUCUGACAUCUCAGUGGCUGUUGACAUGAACGGAUGCACAGAUCACAGUUGUUGUCCCUUCCAUCCUGCCAUUCUCCAAGACAGACUGCUGAAGAUAAACACAAGUGAUAGUUGAUCAGUAUAGGAGUUAAGUGUGCUGCUAUGGCUACGAUUCAGCUCCUCGCCAUCGAUCGGGAGAGGCCCUCUCAAUCCGUUUUAUCCAGCUUGACAUUUUUGACUUUCUCCUGGAAGGAAGCAUUGGUGUUUGCGAUGACAUACACAUUUCCACUGCUUCUUGCCAAGUGUAAUUGCCUCAUAAGUGGGCGUGGGGGCGCAAACUGGGUGGCUACUUAUUGCUCGCAACUGACACUGCUGUGUCUACUCUGGUCACUGAAAGAAAAGGGCCAAUACAAGGAACAAGAAUUAAAGAACCUGUGAACCGGAGGAGAGACCUGUAACUUUGGCCAGUUUGUCCUCACAUAGCCCUCCCUGGAGAAAACGGCCCCUGAGGACAGCUCAGUGGACUGUUACAUUAUAACUUGACAGGAGCCAAAGCAAACAGUAGUUUCAUUUGUGCUAGGAAAAGGCUGGCAACAACCGAACAGCAUUUAUGAUGAAAUUCAAAGAAGAUAUGAACUAAACUUUCCUAAACUGUGAAACAAAUACAAGCACAGUAUGUAUGAUUUACUGUGGUGUUUGACAUGAAGGACUUUGUGGCUUCUCUCAUCACACAGAGAAGCAUUUGUACUUCAUGUGUUCAUGAAAAAUCAGUUAUGCUUCAAAAAAAUGACACAGUAUUUGUUUCACUAGCAGGACUUGAAGUCUGCUAUUCACUGAAUGUAUUAUGAGUCUAUGGAAGGGCUUAUGGUUCCACUUGUAGAUUGUCUUUUUGUUUCAUAUUUUACAUGUGUGGCCACCAAUAGGACAGCAUGUUUUUUUUACAUGUCUUUUAUAAAGAUGUCUCAUCUUAAGGUCUGGUCUGAUGACCACAGUGCAAGCUUGAAGAUCAGAAAACAAAGGCAUUAAAAUAGAAAAUGCAGCAAGAAACAUUGCACAUAUUUAUAUUUAUAAGAUGUUUCCAUAAUUUAUAUUAAAGAGCACUAUUUUUACAAAACGGACCCCAACGAGUGCCUCACAUUCUUGUUGUCAACUGGAACUUUAUUCUUCCACACCACAGUCUGCAUGCACAAGUUAAGGAUUCAUAAUUUAAUUUGGACAACUGCUGAAGAAAGCAUUGUUUUCCCCAUCGUAUACUCGCACACAAACACGUGAAAUUACCACAACUGCUCAUGUUUUCAUAAAAACAGGUCUGAGGCUUACCUUGAAGUGUAUGUGGGAGUGUUUACAGGAUGUCACUUGAGUGCAUUCUCUUUUGAUCAAGAUGUAACCAUCUACCUCUCCUUAUAGUGAUCUUGAAUGGAGAGUUUGCCCAUAAAAUACAAAUAAUUAUCCUCAUUUACUCACUCUCAUGUUUUUCCAAACCUAAAGUACUUUUCUUUUUCUGUGAAAUACAAAAGGAAAUAUUUGGCAGAAUGUUUAGUCUCAGUCACCAUUCACUGUAAUUGUAUGGGGAAAAAAUGAAAGUGAAUUGUGACUAUCUGUUCCCAACAAGAAA